AUGUUCACCUCUAAGCUUACUGUGGCGCUUCUGGCUCUUCCUACGCUGGUUGCGCAUGCAGCUGACGGUAGCACUUGCAAGCUCGGACCCUCAGAAAAGUGCGCGAUUGAUUCGCUGACAACGUACGGUAACGAUGGCAGCGUUCUCAUUUACCCUGGGGGCAACACACGCUGUGCGUUCGAUGACUACUUGGACGACACCACGACAUUCGAGUCACGCUCGACGUACUUCUUCCAAGUAUACCCGACCAAGAAGAAGUCCAAGGUGCUAAUCUACUUUCAGGGAGGAGGUGGCUGCAUCGAUGAGUACACUUGUAACUUCGCCCUGCAGUGUCAACUUGGAGCCAACUCGCUAAUGACGACGAUGGCUAGGGCUAACAGCAGUGGCAUCAUGGACCGCGGUGCUGUUGACAACCCUUUCAAUGACUGGGACAUUGUAUUCCUUCCAUACUGCACUGGGGAUCUCUUUGUGGGGAAUACAUACUUGGCGCCUUUUGAAAGUGACUACAGCCAAGCACUAGGCAACAAGCAGUGCCUUGGCCAGAAUCGAGGUAUGUACUUGAAUGGUUACAACAACACGAAGGCUGUGCUCGAUUGGGCACUUGAGAACUACCCUAGUCCGGAGCAGGUGGUCGUCGGUGGCUACAGUGCAGGGUCGCUGGCCGCACAAUUCUGGUCUGCAAAGAUUGUCGAUAUGUGGCAAGUCGAGCAGAAGUCGACGAAGUUCCAAGUUCUGGCGGACAGCUACGUCGGUGUGUUCCCGGAAUACAAGUCACCCUCGAGUUCCAUUAUCAAUUUUUUCGGUGGGUGCGAUAUAGACCUCAACUUCCCCAAGUCGAUGGUAGCAGAGUGUAAGGCAAGUAAGGCUACCGUUCCCGAGAUGGUUGGCGCGCUGAUCAAGCAAGUAUCCAAGAGCGAGUGGUUGUUCAUCGACAGCAUCGCAGACGAGACGCAACGCCAGUAUUACGAGUUGGUGCGAUUGGGCAUUGCAGGCUAUCCAUUCACAACGCUGUUUGAUGCUGGCGAAUUCUACGGCAACAUGACAAAGAUCCUAGAUUCGUAUGCACAGCUGACGAGUGUGACGCGGUUUAACAUCGAAGGCGACCAUCAUGUGUGGCUACAAUCGGAGGGAUAUAUGACCGUCACCAGUAUGGACGGUGCCGUGUUUGGCAAAGUGCUCACCGACUGGCUUGGUAUGAUGCCUUCCAAACCGACUAUGCCAAGCAACACGAUUGUCGGAGCUCAUGAGGCCUGUUGA